ACGAACAGCCGGUCUUAAACCGACCAGUAGGAUUGCAGCAUAGCAGUGGUGCUGACUCCAUUCUCUCUGCCCCUCUCCCUCCUCUCUCUCUCUCUCUCUCUUGCUGCCUUCUCAUUUCUCCACACUACUGCUAACAUGGCUGAGGCAUUCGCAGGCACAUGGAACCUGAAGGAGAGCAAGAACUUUGAUGAAUACAUGAAGGCCCUGGGUGUGGGCUUUGCAACCCGCCAGGUUGGCAGUAUGACUAAACCCACCACCAUCAUUGAGGUAGCAGGAGACAUGGUCACUCUGAAGACACAGAGCACCUUCAAGAACACAGAGAUCAACUUCAAACUGGGAGAGGAGUUCGACGAGACCACCGCCGACGACAGGAAGGUCAAGUCCCUAAUAACGGUGGACGGUGGUAAGAUGGUUCACGUGCAGAAGUGGGACGGCAAGGAGACCACUCUGGUCCGUGAAGUCAGCGGCAACGCCCUCGAACUGACACUGACUCUUGGUGAUGUCAUCUGCACACGCUCCUACAUCAAGGCCGAGUAACAACGUCCGCCAAAAAACUCCACUAUCCUUUACCACACCUGCCAAAAUAACAACAACCCUUCACCCUUAACCCCGAUCCCCACUGUAACGACCUCUAACCCCUGUCUGACCUCUAAACCCCGACCCCUUCUAUGUUGUCCCGUCCUUCUCUUUGUAGUGCUUCUCCUUUGUAUGAAACACUGAAUAAAUUCCACUGACGUUUA